AUGCCCGAUAAGAGUACAUCGAAAUCAACAGGAACGUCCUUCAAUACGAUCUGUCACGUAUGUGAUUAUGAUGUACCUAACGCAGGCGAUUCAAUUUAUUGCUCAGUGUGCUCAAGGCGGCCGCACAGAUCGUGUGCUCGUCGUUCUUCAAGCGCUGUUGGAGGCGACCCUACGUGGUGCUGCGAUACAUGCAAUUUCGACCAGGAUUCUUCGACUGCCUCUGGUCCUCUCAAUACUAAUCACUUUAACGCGAUAAUGGCCCAGCUUUCAACGGUAACCAAUGCCAUUACUGCUAGUAACUCCAAGAUAUCUGAGCUAGCAAAUAUACUUACUUCUCACGCAGCCGAAAUAUCCCAGCUUCGUGAUGAAAAUAAAAUUCUACAACAGAAAAUGAUCAGUCUAGAAAACAAAAUAUCAAUUUCAGGAGUUUCCAAAGAAGUUGAUCACGAACAAUUAGUCGUUGAAGCUACUGAACGUAUCAAGCGUGAAAAAAAUAUCAUUUUGUUCGGUAUACCUGAAAGUAAUCACUCUAUUACGACUAAUACACCUCGUUUGCUCAAAGUUGUUUUACCAUCCCCAGAAAUAGCACUUCCCGUUUUGAAGAAGAAAGCUAACAUUCCCAGGAACAGAUUCCCAAAUGUUCGUGUGAAACCUGACUUAACACCUUCUCAGAACAAUCAAUUGAAAAAACUGAGAACUGAGCUUAACGAAAGAAUAAGUAAAGGUACGGGUGGAACCGAAAGUACAAUCUUACAGAGGAACAACACCUGCACAACCUUCGUGAGUACGAAGAGGAAGACCGGUAACCGUGGUUCCAACCACAGCGUCCAGCUGCCCGUCAGGUCGCUGUCCCUUCGGAAUACCUGUCCGAACAGCCGAAGAUCGCGGCAUGCCAACGUGAUGGACGAUCAAAUCUGA